AUGUCUCUUGUAUCGCAGCCACGGAAUCACAUUGCCACUGCGACUGCAGCACCUCAUCCGCCAUCCAGCUCUCGUCAGCAGCAUACAGCAGCAUCUGAGUCACACUCCUCCCACGCAGACGCAGGCUCAUCGUCUUCGCAACAUUCGCAGCCUCCACCUGCCGGCUUGGGCAUCGGAGGCUCUGCUCGUCAGAGUAGAUGGUCUCCCUUUGCAUCAUAUAGCGAUCGCAUCCGUCUCGCCACUCCCUUACCGCCAGAUGUGCAUGACGCUUACCGGACCAGCCUUCGCGCACGGAAAUCUGGUAUUGGCAGCAGUACCACUCCCAACAAGCCAGGUAGCCCUUUGGCAUUCGGAGACUUUACAGGCGCAACGUUAGACGCUCUACAUACAGACUCGAAUAAUUUCCCCCCGUCCCAAUCCGCUGAGAAUCUAGCCAUUCUACGGGCAUGUCUUGGUACCAAUCUCCUCAGUCGAGCCCUCAAGAUCUUUCAAGACAUGAGGAAGGAGGCCACAAAUCGUCUCACCCGUGAGAAUCCCGAUGGCUUCAUCAAGCCUCCUCAAUCAACCAUUGAAAGACGUAAGCGGUGCGCCGCAUAUUCUAAGCUGGACCUCCCCACUUACAAUGCCCUCCUGGCCGCCAUCUGCCGGAGAGCGGUGGCGGAAGAGAGUCCUUUCGAGGCGCAAAGAUGGGUUGAUCAAGCAUGGGUCAUCUACAGGGAGAUGGAGUCCGGGAAUAAGAUCAACAGCAGCGGACUUCCUCCUCGCCUUCCCGGACCUCUGCAGAACUACACCACCGAUCCUAUUCCAGAUGCAACGACGAUCUGGACCUUCUCGCGCGGCUUGAUCAAGACUAUGCAACGGCAUCCAUCAAUGGGCUUUGAGCAAAGUGGUCUCGGAGAAUUGGUCUCCUCGGGCUGGAGGUUAGGGGUCAACUUUGAGAGCGUCAUCUCCUCGUCUCUCGUCACCUUUUCAGCUGAUGAGUCAGCUACCGAGGCUCUGGCCCAGGAGACUGAUAGUCAAAGAGUCGUCUCACUUCUCAAGUCGGCAGCUGGCCACAGCGGCAAUGAGAUGGCUCGAGUUGCAAUAGAGCAGGCCGAGGCUAGAGUACAGGCACAAGCUGCAGAGACGGGCGCUUCGGAUGCUUCACGCGAGCGCCUGGAGAUCCCUGAUCCCGCCGCAGACAUCCCUGAGCUCCUGCCGAUCAAGUCGCUUUCGUCCUCUGAGCAUGAAGUCUCGCCCACACCAGGAGACGAUCGUCCAUUGAAUCUAUGGCUUCUCCAGCAGGAUCUCGCCAUUGUCAGCAAGGGUCGAAGUAGUCUGCGAGACAAUGAGGAGCGCCAGCGCUGGCUGGAAGAAAGUGCCCUGGAAUCCGCUCGGAGACGCCUCGAGGCAGACGCACUCGCAAUGGAAGCUGCGGGUGUAUCCCUCGAGGGAAAGCUGUCUCAUGAUGCCACGUUGCAAAAGUGGAUGUUCGACUGGGUCAAGAAGCUGGAAGUGGUGUUGACCAAAGAGGUGGCUCGCAUCAAGACGGAAUCGGAGACCAUGUUGAUGGAAGGGAAGAGGUCCUACCCAGUGGAGCAGACGCUUGAGCAGAACAUUGCUCCGUUCCUGCAGCUCAUCACACCUGGCAAGAUGGCACUCAUUACCGUGCUAGAGUUGAUGCGUAUGCAGGGCUCGAGCCGGUCGGCACAGGACAUGAAGACCACAAGAGCCCUGAUUACGAUCGGCCAUGCUCUUGAGCAAGAGCACUAUGCAGACAUCCUGCGCAAAAAUCCACAGAUCGUCAACAAUGCCCACUACGCUUCGCAGAUUGUGCGCUCAAAGGGCACUACUAAUGUUCUGCAGAGGAGAGAGGCGAAACGCUGGCUGGAACAGCAAGAUGCCCCACUCCCGUACGAGCCGUGGACUCAAUCGAUCAGAGCUCGAAUGGGUAGUUUCCUCGUCGGUCACUUUCUUGAAUGCGCGAAGAUCACCCGCAGGGCCGUCGACCGCGAUGGCGAGGUUUGGGAAGAGGAGCAUCCUGCCGUCUAUGCCACGUACAACUACGUGCAGGGAAAGAAGCUCGGUGUAAUCAAGGUCAACGAUGCUGUUGCUGAGCGCCUCGACAAGGGUUCAGUCGGCAGUACACUCCAUCCUCGCUUCUUGCCCAUGCUCGUGAAGCCGCGAUUGUGGUUGGGUCACGACUCGGGAGGAUAUCUCACCCACAAGAAUUCGAUGAUGAGAUUCAAGGAUUCUGCCGAGCAGAGCUUGUACCUGCGGAAGGCAUCUGAGAACCAGUCACUGGAGACAGUCGGUGCUGGUUUGGAUGUUCUGGGCGAGACGCCAUGGAUCAUCAAUGAAGAAGUCUUCAAGGUCAUGACGGAAAUCUGGAACUCGGGUGAAGAUAUCGCAGACAUGCCUCCCCUCGUUGACGACUCUUAUGGCGAGAUACCCCGCCCCGACAACUAUGAGACUGAUCUCAAGGCCCGUUCCGAGUACCUUCGAGCUUCAAAGCAGGCACAAAUGGAGAGGACUGCCAUCUACUCACUUCGCUGCGACACCAAUUACAAACUCGAAAUUGCCCGAGCCUACCUAGGUGAAAGGUUCUAUUUCCCUCACAACGUCGACUUCAGAGGAAGAGCUUAUCCCAUUCCACCUCACCUGAAUCAUAUUGGCAAUGACUUGUGCCGUGGUCUCUUGCUCUUCGCUGAUACCAAGCCGCUCGGCAAGCCUGGAUUGCGAUGGCUCAGGAUUCACCUGGCCAAUGUCUUUGGUUAUGACAAGGCCUCUUUCGACGAGCGUGAGACAUUUGCAAAGGAUCACUACCCAGACAUUGAGGAUUCCGUCAAGAAUCCUUUGAAGGGCAAGCGAUGGUGGCUGCAAGCCGAUGAUCCUUGGCAGUGUCUCGCCACCUGCCAUGAGCUCUACAAUGCACUCAACCACCCUGAAGGACCAGAGAAUUUCCCCAGCAGACUGCCUGUCCACCAGGAUGGUACCUGCAACGGUUUACAGCAUUACGCCGCCUUGGGUGGUGAUCUGGAUGGUGCCAAGCAAGUCAAUCUUGCAUCAGGCGAGCGUCCAUCGGAUGUGUACACUGCCGUUGCUGAUCUGGUCAUUGCCGACAUCGAGGCAGAAUCUCGCAAGCCCAACGGUGACUACCGCGCUGCGUUGCUCAAGGGCAAGAUUACUAGAAAGGUCGUAAAGCAGACUGUCAUGACCACCGUUUACGGUGUGACUUUCAUUGGCGCAAAGAACCAGGUCCUGAAGCAAUUGACUGCGCGAGGCGAUAUCCCUUCUGAGGAACUUUGGGGUGUGGCUUCCUUCCUGGCCAAGAGGAUCCUCAAGUCCGUUGGCGAUCUUUUCUCCGGUGCGGAGAAGAUUCAGACCUGGCUGGUCGAGAGUGCCAAGCUCAUCGCCAAGUCGAUUCCACCUGAGCGCGUCGAGCAUGCCCUGAAUUCCGACGGCGACGAAGUCGUGCCCGCUUCACCGGGCUCGGGAAGUAAGAGGAAGGGUACAGACAAGAUGGACAAUGCAAAGGUGCGCGCUAGUCGCCUUGCUCGCGAGCAAAUGACCAGUGUCAUUUGGACCUCCCCACUCGGCCUACCUGUCGUACAGCCCUACCGCAAGAAUAAGAAGCGGCAGAUCUCUACUGCAAUGCAGACCGUCUUCCUCUCUGAUCCACUCCAGACCUCCGAGGUAGCACCAGGAAAGCAAGCUUCGGCUUUCCCGCCCAACUUUAUCCACUCUCUCGACGCGACGCACAUGAUUCUCACUGCACUCGAGUGUCGCGAUGCUGGUCUCACCUUUGCUUCGGUGCACGACUCGUACUGGACGCAUGCAUGCGACGUGGAGACCAUGAGUGAGCUGAUCCGAGAUACCUUUGUACGACUACACUUGCAGCCCAUCCUGCCUACGUUGCGGCAGGAGUUCUUGGAGCGAUACCAGGGGUAUAAGGUGCCUGUUGUCGCUGCUAAGGAUCUCCAGGAGAGGAGAAAUAGGCGCGCUGCGAUUAGAGAGGAUCGAGCACCUGCGAAUAGUGCGGGACAUCGCAUCCAGAUUGGCAAGGACACUCUGGUGCGGGAAGACGCCAAGAAGGAAGAGGCAGAGGAGACAGAGGAAGGACUAGAGGCAUUGGCCGAGCAGGACGAGAGCGCCGGGGACUCGGUCCAAGCCUCAUCCUCGGCACUAGAGGGAGAUGCUAGUGGGGAACAAAGCAAGAGCAAGAGCAAGAGCAAAGAGGCCAAGAAGAUUGCAUCGGAGCGCGAGUGGGUCGAAGCCAAGUUCAUCGAUCUGGCCGAUGUGCUUCCGCCAUUGCCAGAAAAGGGAGGCUUCGAUGUCAAUGAGAUCAAGAGGAGUCAAUACUUCUUCUCGUAG